UUUUCCCCCCAAUGCUCUGUGUGUGUCUGAAACUCAACUGGCUCCUUCCCUCCUAACUCCUCACUUCAUAGCGCCGCGCACUAAAAACAUCGGACGCUAGGGGAUCAAGACGCAUGCCACAUUACCUCUAUGUGGGCACUUUAACAGAUCUUUCGGGUGUUUUUUUUCCCAGUAAGGGGGCUGCGGAGGGAGGCCUUUUUUUACUUUCACUGUUUGAUGACUGUUUGCACGGCUGAUUAUUGAGUUGAUUGUUUAUAUUUUAGCCACUGUUGUCCGCCGCCUUGUGUGCGUCUUUUUUUCCCCCCCUCCUGCUAUUUUUUUUUUCUUGGGAGAAUCGGCGAACUCUAUUGCGCUCACCAAUGUCCUAUCCUCAGGGUUACCUCUACCAGCCCCCAGGCUCUCUGGCUCUUUAUUCGUGUCCGGCUUACGGGGCCUCGGCUCUGGCUGCUCCGCGGAAUGAGGACUUGGCGAGGUCGUCCUCCGGCUCAGCCUUCAGUCCCUAUCCCGGCUCGGCUGCUUUCUCCGCCUCGGCUGGUGCUGGCUUCUCCAGUCCGCUGUCAUACUCCACGGAUCCUGCGACGGGAUUCCCCUCCUACAUGUCAUCUCCAUAUGACGCGCACACAACGGGCAUGGCUGGGGCGCUCAGCUACCAUCCAUAUGGGAGUCCGGGUUACCCCUACCAACUCAACGACCCGGCUUACCGCAAGAACGCCACCAGGGACGCCACGGCCACCUUGAAGGCCUGGCUACAGGAGCACAGGAAGAACCCGUACCCGACUAAGGGGGAGAAGAUCAUGCUGGCCAUCAUCACCAAGAUGACCCUGACGCAGGUCUCCACCUGGUUCGCAAACGCCAGGCGGAGGCUCAAAAAGGAGAACAAGAUGACCUGGGCGCCCCGCAGUAAGAGCGAGGACGAGGACGAGGAGGACGGAGACGGGGAGAGGAAGGAGGCGGAGCGCUCUGACAAAACCCUGGAUAACGGCGAGGCUUCGGCGGAGGACGAAGGCAUCAGUUUGCACGUCGACACUCUGACGGAUCACUCGUGCUCUGCCGAGUCUGACGGGGAAAAGGUCGGCUGCGUCUCAGAGCUGAGCUCCGACCAAACAGCGGACAAGUGCAGUGAGGAUGGCGUGGACCGCCGCGACCAACUCUCACCCAAACCCGUCACGUCGUCGCCUCUGACGGGCGUGGAAGCUCCGGUGCUCACCCAUCACCAUCAUCAGCACCACCACCACCACCUCCACCAUCUCCACCACCUUCACAGCCAGCGGGAGGAUUUGGCCCGGAGCCUCAUAAACAGCAACGUCAGUAAAUUGUCUUCGUGUCUGGACAACAGGCCUAAUCCGUCCGGGGCGCCUCAGAAUCUUUCGGCCAAGCCCAAACUGUGGUCUCUGGCCGAGAUUGCAACCUCGGACCAAAAGCAGCAGCAGCAGCAGCAGCAACAUCAGCAACAGGGGCAACCGGGGCAGCCGAACUGCCCCUCCUCCAGCGGCGGACUCCUCACUCCCCCGACGCCUUCCGCGACUUCACCGGCUGCCAGCUCCCCCUCACUCUACCCAGCCCCCUCCAUCCUCGGAAGACCUAUUUAUUACACGUCUCCCUUUUAUAGCAAUUACACAAACUACGGCAACUUUAGCCCCCUGCAGGGUCAAGGGAUCCUGCGGUACACCAACUCCUCCGGAGUGAGUCUGGCAGCUGCCGCCGCCGCGGCCGCAGCAGCCGCGGCCGCGAACGACGGUCUGAGCGCCACUCACAGGGCGGCGGAGGCUUGCGCGGAACCAAAGCUCAGGCCAGACUCCCCCAUCGUUAAAAAUAACCCAAACCAGAUUGCUGCCGUCGAGCAGCAACAUUUCAGAGCCACAAACGUAGAAGCAAAGAAAGGUACGUAAUGAGGAGAACUCUGUGACUAAAAUGAAAACUUAUUUCGGAUUUUUUUUUUUUUUUUUUUUAAAUCUUGGAAUUGUAUUUCACAUCAGCAACGGAUGCAGAUUUCGCCAUCGUUUUACAUGUUUUCAAAGCAAACCAGCCGUUCUACUUUUGGUCACUUUCAUGUCACUGCUUUGGUGGGAACAGUCUCUGCCUUGCUUCAAAUAAAUUUGACCGUUUUGAGAGAGAUUCUGGAAUAAGAAUAAACGACAUUUAUCGACAUCAUUCUAAUUGUAUCUCAUUAUGGAGACUUUGAUUUUAAAACCAGGUAAAAAAAAUAAAAAUAAAAAAUAACAAAACCUUAUUUUAAAGUAAAAAAAAAAAACAACAAACACUUAUUCUAUUUUCAACGAAUUUUACUCAUUUAAACAUAUCUUUAUUUCUCAUAGGAACAAUACAAGCUGGCUUCUGAAAUCAGCAGAAACAGGAAAAUUUAGCUGAAAAUUAACAUGUAAAAUUCAACCACUACAACAUUGAAGAACAGGCCUCAAAUAAACCCCACCAUACACGCAGAUACAUUACACACAAGGACGGUUUUUGAAUCCAAUAAGCAGAGAAAUGUUGCCAUAGCUUUGAGGAGGAAUUUUACUUUUAUUGUUUCCUUUGUGUGUGCGAGAGAGAGAGGGACACAGGGUGAGUGUGCGUGUGCACAGUGGGCUCCAAACCUUAUCUUUCAGCUUAGGAUAAUUAUAAUUACACAGGGUCAGCCAAAUGCAAACAAAUUAGCUCCCUCUGCACAGUCUUAGUGCAACUUCAAGCCUUCAAAUGUCACAUACACUGAUAAAACCAACUGCUGGUUUACUCAAUAAAAUUGGUGCAACAGGAUACAUUUUAUUUGCAUAGACUUUAUUCUGUGUUUACAAUAAAUAGCUAUAAACUAAGUUUAAUAGCUAAAAAAAAAUACUUAGAAAGAGAAAUUCCAACAAUAAAAUACUCAAAUAAAUUUGUAAUUAGUAGGAUUUGUUCAUCUGGGCUUUCAUUCUAUUAUAUUAAACAAGACAUAAAAUCAUUUAAAAUCUAUUCUAACAUAACAGUAUAAAAACCACAGCUGAGAUGACUUCUUUACUGGCAACAACUACCUCAAACUUAGGGAGCUCAGCUUGCCAGUAAGUCGUAUUUUACCAUUAGAGCUGCAGAUAAGCUGGUUAAAACUGAAUACAGACUUAAACUCCUUAAACUUUUUGUUUUAUCUACAAGCCUUGUGGCAGUUCUUAGGAUAUCAAUUUUUACUGAGUAAAGUGCAUUGAUUUAUAAUAAAACCCAUGCUAACCACUGUUUGCCGUAUGCAACAUGACAAAUGAUAGCAGCUAAUGGUUAUCUGAACCAACAUCUACUGUUAGAGUCUAAAAAGGUGUUCAGGGCGUACUUGUUACCCCCCACCCCUGCCCCUCCAGGAAAUUAUAUUUACACUGCAAUAUGCUUGAAUAAAACUGAAGUAAUUUUAAUGACUAAUACUUAAUUCUCUCAAAAAGUCAUUUUUACAGUGUAAGUGGUUGUGGCAGUUGCUCACUUUUCAUAUGUGCUGCUGCAGUCGUGGUUUAGGUUAGCAGAUUUAUUUAACGUUUUCAAUUUUAUUUAGUUUGAUUUUUCUUUCUGAAACAGUUUGACAGUUUUUCCAAAUUCUGCAUCGUGGGAUUCUGUUUUUUUUCUUCUUUUUUUCUAAAAUAUAUAUUUCCAUGCUCUGCAGGUAGGUGUCACAAUUGCUCAGAGUAUAAAACAUGGAAAAAAAGGAUUUCAACCUUUUUAGUCCCACGCUUUAACCCUCAUAACCUCCUACUCCAAACCGUAUCUAGUGCCACCAUAUUUCUUUGGAAAUGAAAGCUGCUGCUGCUAAAUCCCACAAAGACUCAGAUCUUCAGUCUUCAUUACAUUGCCUUGUGUGAUUUCCUUAUCAUUAUCACUCAUCAUCUCCCAUUAUAUGUGAGUUACAUGUUAUUUCUCAGGUUCUUCUUGUUUGCUUAUUGGCCACGAUAUAUUAUUAUUAUUAUUUUUGUUAUAUAUCUGUGUGUGGAAAAAAAACAACAUAUGGCCCAGGAAAUGUAUUUGGGGAGGGGGGGAGGAUUCUUAGGAUGCUGAUCUGAUCUGAAGUGAACUUUGAGGACUUCAGAGUGGAGCAGCCUACAUUUGAUAUUUAUUUUUUUAAAAUGACAGUGGAACGAUGCCUAUAAUUUAUGCAAGUUGUAUUGCAAAUGUGGAAAACUGACAUCUUCUGUUUGUCCUGUAAAUAUAAAUAUGAAUAUAUAUAUAUAUAUAUAUUAUGGACUGUUUUCUUUGGGGCAAAGAACACAAUCUUGUUAACAAGAGUACUUUUACUAAUUUAUAUGAAUGUACAUAUAAUGAAAAGGUGGGGUGUUAUAUCCAUUAUUCAAAAUAAGAAAAUAUUAAACUCUUUUUCCCAACUAUGA